UGACGUCAUGGAGACAGAUCUGCAUGACCAGGGACUGCACCGCGACUUUUCGUCCUUCGCUCGCGGUUUCCUUGCAUGCUUUGAUAUGCCAGUGCCCUCUCGGCUGUCUUCUACGAGCGUCAGGCUUUGUCCAUGAACUUGAUCGGGACUAUUCUGAAGAACGUCUUUUUAGAACGUCCAACGAAGACGCUGACCUUGACUGGGUCCCUUCUGACCAAGAUGGCCGGCAGCUGCGAUCUCAGUACUGUCGUCCUCCGUUGUUGUAGCAAUGUUCCUUCGGAGCAACGACAUCGGUGUCUCUCCCUGUCGGAAGUGCCGAACUAUCUGUAUGAAGUCCUUGGCUGAUCAAUCGUUGUCCGCGGGCGUCAAUGUAAUAGGAUCUGGUGGUAAUGACACAGGGAGGGAAGCAGUGUCUCUGUCACUCCAGGCGUCCUUAGAAGUCAACAUCCAGGAACCUGCAGGGAUGGAGACGUUCACGACCAUGCUGCGAAACCCAAGUCUUUCGAAAGACGAGGUGGAGUUGCGAGUGGUUGCGGAACUCCUCAGACUGAAAAAGUACCUUGACUCCUGUGGUUUGGAUGCGUCCGACUGUUUCCACCGUUUGGGUGGUGACAAUGGGCCAUGUCUUGAGGAAAGCACCUUACCAAGACGUGUACCCGGAAACAGUGGUUCGUUGAAGCUAUCAAAGUCGGACAAGGUCGAGGCGAUAAAGGAUAAACUGCCUUGACAUGCUCAGGGAACUGAGUUUACCCUACGAGCGGUUGCCUUGGUAUACUCUCGAGAAAGACCUAGAGAAGCACGGGUUUGCACUUGGUC